AACAAGGAGACUGAGUGCUGUGUGUGCAUGGAGAGGCAGGCUUGUAUCAUGUUGUCUUGCUGCCAUGAGUUCUGUGAGAUCUGCAUCGACAACUGGACCAGAGAUGAAGAGCACAGUAAUUGCCCUCUAUGUCGUACGUCGGUGUCGGGAUCUGACGAUACGUGGGUGCUUAUGGACAAGUCAGAUGCCAAGGAUCACACCAGCGAUGUUCACAGUUAUUUGAUGAGAAUCGCCGACAGAAGAGGAACCCCUAGGUCUUAA